CGUGUUCUCUCAAAUUCUCUGAUAAGAAUCAAUGGCGAAGGAAUUUGCAGAGAAAGCUAAAAAAGCUUAUUUAGAAGAUGACUUCGAUGUUGCUGUUGACUUAUACUCCAAAGCCAUUGAGUUGGAUCCCAAUUGCGCAGCCUUCUUCGCCGAUCGUGCUCAGGCCAACAUCAAACUCGAUAACUUCACUGAAGCUGUUGCAGACGCGAACAAAGCCAUUGAGUUACAACCAACAUUGGCAAAAGCCUACCUCAGAAAGGGCACUGCUUGUAUGAAGCUAGAAGAAUAUCGUACUGCUAAAGCAGCCCUGGAAAAGGGCGCUUCUGUUGCACCGAAUGAACCAAAAUUUAAGAAGAUGAUAGAUGAAUGUGAUCUUCGCAUUGCAGUGCCACCAGGUUUGCUUCCACCAGCUCCAACUCCUGCAGCACCUGCCGAGCCGAUGUUCAUACACGAGUUCUACCAGAAACGAGAAGAAGCUGUGGUGGCAAUUUACGCCAAAGGAAUACCAAAGGAGAAUGUAUCUGUCAAGUUUGGUGAGCAGAUUCUGAGUGUUGUCAUUGAUGUUGCCGGAGAGAAAACUUAUCAUCUCCAGGCGAGAUUGUUCGGGAAGAUAAUACCAGAGAAGUGUAGAUAUGAAGUAUUGUCAACCAGAGUUGAGAUCCGUCUUCCAAAAGCUGAGAGAAUCCUGUGGCCAGCCCUUGAAUAUGGCAAAGGGCAAUGUGUUUUGCCCAAACCCUAUGUCUCAUCAGCGUUCUCACAGAGACCAGUGUACCCAUCUUCUAAUCCUAAAAAUGAUAAGUCCAUAAAGAGAAACCACGGAUCUGAUAGUGAAGAUCAUGCCGAUGGAUCUAAGAAAAUAAGGAAGUGCACAACUAUGAAGCAAAAGUCUAAGAAUAAAAUUGAUGAAGAUGAAAAAAUUGAUCAGAAAAAUGAAAUCAUUGAAUUGUCGAGAUCUAUUAAAGAACUGACCGAAGCUGUAAAAAAACUACCGGAAAUUCUAUUAACCAUGUUAAAGGACAGAGAAACAACCCCAGAGGAAAACGAGGAGGAAGAGAUGACGCAUCCGGGAUGUUCUUUGGUAUACGUUUCAUUCGCUUUCAUUAAUCUGAAAAAUGGCCAGGGCGUUGAGAAGGCGUUGAAAUUGCAUUAUUCUGAAUUGGAAGGAAUACCGCUUGUGGUCACGUUGGCUCAAGAGAGACACUUAGGUAAAAUCUAUCACGGGUGUGAGCGUUGUAUGAGUGAAACUUCUGCUCGUAUGGAUCUACCUGAUGAGCCUGAGGUGCACCCAGUUGCUAGGUUUCCGAGAUUAAGCUUUUGUUAAAGGAAUAAGGUAAGUAGUAAAAAAAAAAAAGAGUGGUUAUUGAUUCUUAGGGGAUAAAGUAACUUGCUCUUGUUUCCGUCAUCAAUUCAUGAAUAUUUUUUCUUUUGAUUAUUGCAGUUGGUCAUGUCUAUUACUGCUGCAUCUUCCUUUGCGCGGUUGGUCGUUUUAACGUUGCUGCUCCCGACCAGCUACAUCAAAACUAAAUUUAUUGUCUAAUU